GAAGGUGCUGCGCACCGGGCCGGAAGUGGGUGGUGUGUACCACAUACCCGGAUGUCGUGGCGGCUUCUGAUUGGCUGCCGGAAGUGAGGCGGGGCGCUCCCGCGGAUCUGGUGGGGAAGAACCCGGAAGUGCCGAGCGGGAACCGCGGGCGCCAGAGCCCAUCCCGCCCAUGCGUGUGCCGAUGGCGGGCCCCGGCGCGGCGCUGGCGCCCGAGGAGCGCGUGCGGCGCCUGAUCCAGGCGGGCAGCAGCGUGGAGGUGAGCGAGGACGUGCCCCCGCGCCGAUACUUCCGCUCGGGCGUGGAGAUGCUGCGCAUGGCCACCGUGUACUGCGAGGAGGGCAACCUGGAGCACGCCUUCAUCCUCUACAACAAGUACAUCACGCUCUUCAUCGAGAAGCUGCCGCAGCACCGCGAUUACAAAAGCGCUGUCAUUCCCGAGAAAAGGGAGACAGUCAAAAAACUGAAGGAGGUAGCGUUUCCCCGAGCCGAAGAGCUCAAGGAGGAGCUGCUAAAGAGGUACGCCAAGGACUAUGCUAAGUACAAGGAGCAGGAGCAACAGCUGGAGGAGGAGAAGACUCGGGUAGCCCUGAUGAAGCAGCAGCAGGCAGAGCAGGAGCAGUUCCACGCCUUCGAGGAGAUGAUCCGGCGGCAGGAGCUGGAAAAGGAGCGCCUGAGGAUAGUGCAGGAGUUUGGAAAGCCAGAGCCAGAGUCUAUGGAUGGACCCCUCAUCCCUGGCAUGGAAAAGCCCCCCACAGCUUUAAUUCCAAAGGUUCCAGUCUCUCCAGUUCACCCAGCAAGUCCAUCAGCGGGGACUGUCCCGUGCAAGCCUCCUGUUGUGGACAGAUCUUUGAAGCCCAGUGCUUUGGGGAGCACAGAGAACAAUGCAGGUGUGGAUGUCCUCCGCCAGGUCAUUGUCCCCAGGGAGCUGUGCCACAAGUUCCUGCAGCUGGCCGAUGCCAACACCGUGCGGGGCGUGGAGACCUGCGGGAUCCUCUGCGGGAAGCUGAUGAGGAACGAGUUCACUAUCACCCACGUCAUCGUCCCCAAGCAGCUGGGAGGCCCCGACUCCUGCACCACGGAGAACGAGGAGGAGCUCUUCGUCAUCCAGGACCAGCACGGCCUCGUCACCCUGGGCUGGAUCCACACCCACCCCACCCAGACCGCCUUCCUGUCCAGCGUGGACCUGCACACCCACUGCUCCUACCAGAUGAUGCUGCCAGAGUCCAUCGCCAUCGUGUGCUCUCCCAAAUACCAGGAGACAGGGUUUUUCAAGCUGACGGAUCACGGCCUGGAGGAGAUCUCGUCCUGCCGGCAGAAGGGCUUCCACCCACACCCCAAAGAUCCCCCUCUGUUCACGACCUGCAAUCAUGUGUCAAUAGUGGAAAGAGACGUGGUGCUGAUGGAUCUCCGAUAAAGCCUCUUGCCUUGUCCCUUCACAGGAACCACCCACCUUCCUUUAGACCUAGGGAAUUGGUGUUCUUCUCCUGUAGCAAAUGAUUUCUGCCGUGUAGCGAUCCCUCCCCUCCCUCCCCCGCGGUGGAAUCGGAUCCCUGCCCUCAGCAGGAGCCCCUGGAACCUCAGUGCCUGGUGUGGGGCUGGCAGGGGCUCCAGGUGUGGGGAGAAGCCAGCUGGGAGCUCAGAGACAGAAGCCAACACUAAAGCAGUUGUUUAACUCUAAUCCACAGCCUGAACGGCCUCCUGGGGAGGUUCUCUGUGACUUGCUGCAGCCCUGAGGUGUGGAAACCUCUUCAAGUGCUUUUGGGACUUGCCCAGUUUAACCCAUGCCCCGUUUUGUCCCUCGUUCCGAGCUGCUCAGUCUCAGCACAGCUUCCAGGAGCAGAUAAAUCUUUCCUACAAUUUGAAAUCAAA